AUCGGUCAACAAAACGUCACUUCUCCUCGGUUAAGGCGGGCUGCUCGAAAGCACGGGAGAGGGGUUUCUGUUGACUUUUGUGCAACAAAAAUAAUAAUACAGUGGUUUAACGUGUUUUUUUCGCUAUAAUAGAUCUAUUUUACUUGCUGAAUAAUCGGCCGCAUGUUUGCUUUUAAAACUAUCGACGAUUAAAGCUAGGUUAACGUCUCCAGCUAGCAAACACAAGCUUCUGUUUUCACUGGAGACAUUCGUGUUGAUGUGGCAGCUAAUGUAACGUUAAUGUGGUUAUUGUUGGCUGGCUAAAAAACGUUAUCACUUCUUUAAUUAAAAAAAAAAAGUAUGGACCGACCAUCGAGGAAGACAAAGACUGUUAAUUAUUGUGAAACCAAAGACUUUGAUGAUGAUGAGGAUUUUGCCUGUGUGAAGGCUCCACCCAGCAAAAAGGCCAGGGAAGAUGUGAAACAGGAGCACAAUAAAUCAUCAAGCAAAUCCUCCAGUCAAGAGACCGACUCACAGUCCACACUGAGCCAGAAUAGCAGGGGACCGUUGGAUCAGAAGUUGUAUGAACGAGAUCUAGACGCAGCCAUUACGCUUUCCUUGCUCAAUAAUGCCGAGCGGAUAAAGGACCAGUCACCCGCCAGUAAAGGAGUCCUCAAGCUUCAACUUCGAGUAAAUGAAAACACAGAUCCCUCUUCACUGCACCUGUCGAACUGCAGUGUGGAUGGUGCAGUUUUGGGCCUGGAUGAAAUCACAUCCGAGAAAGGGUUACCUGCCCCAUCCAGACAGAGAAAAGCUGCCACUGAGGAGCAGAGGAAAAAGCUGAAGGAAGAAGAUGAGGAAUAUCAACCCAAACUGACACCAGGUUAUAACUUUUUCAUCCCUCCAGGAGAAGAAAGCGAUGAAGAUUUCAGUGAAGCGGAGGAGAGAGAAGAUGAGGAAUUCACUGUGAAGAAAGUCAGGAAGACUAAAAAGAAGGAGAAAGUCACCAGGAAUGAGAAGACCAAAUCGCCUCCCGCCUCUAAAAAAGAAAAGCAACCGUCAAAGACAUCAAAGUCUAAAUCACAGGCAGAAGCAGCUUCCACACCAAUGAGAACCCCCCCAACAGCCAAACCUGCACCCAAAAGACCUGCUUCAUCCUCCACAGUUACUACAUCUAAACCUGCAGUAUCUCUGAGUCCAGCAGGGGGCAGAAUACCCAAGUGGACCCCACCAGGCCAAAUUGGUAAAAGCCCUACCUUGUCCCAGAAUCCAGCAGUGAAGUCUCCAGGUCAGGGUCUGCGGCUCGGACUGUCUCGUCUUGUCAGAGUCAAACCUCUUCACCCCAGUGUUGCAAGUCACUGACUGAACUGUUCACCUGUCCAUGUCUGUGUCAGUGUCUGUCGCCAAUUCUUGUUUUCCUUUUAGCUUUAUCACGUCUUUGAAAAAGUUGCUUGUAUAUACUCAUUUCUGUUUUUCUUGAUUUUUGCUACAAUACAUAUGACCUGAUUUCCAGCAGGGUAUAUUUUCACAUGACUCUUUCAGCUUUGGUCACACACGCUACCCCUUGAUCUAUCAUUUUUGCCCUAAGUGAAAAGGUCAGGGAACAGUGAUAGGGUGUUUUCGUGGCUGACUUCAGUGACAUAAGUCACGUUUGUCUUACCGUCAUCAGAUUUCUUUGGUCUUCCCCAUGUGAGUUCAAGUCUCAGAUUCAGGAAAAUACUGUUGUUGGUGUUUGUGUUAUGUGGAAAAGUGUGAAUUGUCCCUUUCUUUUUUUUCAUUGUUCUUGGUCUUAUUUAACUCAUCUUUCUACCAUUCAAAAAUUAAUUUUCCAAUUUUUUCCAAUUGUAUAUUGUGUAUAUAAAAUAAAAUUUAAGGCAGAUUAAUUUUUUUUAAGCUAUGCCUACACACCAGGAAGUAUAACAUACAUUUUAAAAUGAGUACGAGCUGCUGAUGAGACAGAUGACAUUAUCUUACAGUAAUAGUGAGGUAAUAUAAUAAAUGGAAUU